AUGGAGGAAUCUUUGUUGUCCGAGCGGGAGGAGGCGGGUCGGGACCGAAGCUCAUGUUAUGCGGCUGUAUGGCUGUGCUGCCACGUACGUUCCGGUGGACGCUGGGAUGGCUGUGGGCGGUUGACUGCCUUCUUUUGCCUGUUCACUGUUGCAUUUUGGAUUGGCGUCACGAGGAAUUUGUAUUGCAAUCCCGAUGCGCUGCGGGACGUCGAGCCCCCAUUCAACGGGCAGUUGCUGCCAGCAAACUUCACACUGGUUGAGCGGAAAUAUCUGCUCAUCCAAUUUACGAAGUUGGUCGACGUGUAUGACGAUACCCAGAAGCACGUCGGAUAUUUCUACGACAUCAACCUGUUCAUCAUCAUGCGCUUCGGGUUCUCCGAUGCGAAUGGCAGGAUUUGGUUCGAGGAUGCAGGUGGAGUUGGCAGACCGUCCACGCUUUUCGAGCUGAAAGAAGUGUGGUGGAUAGAAUCCUACUGGCGAUGUUUCGUGAACUGCAGCAGGCUUUUCAAUCUUGCGGAGCGGGCGGCGAACGGACAAGUGCGCGAAACGCUGAUACCAGAGGCCAGCUUUGGGCUGGAUCCCAAAUUCCAAGUCUCCUUCGAUGGCUGGCUGGCGCCAACUCUUCGUGGGCAGAUCACUGGGCCCGUGUCGUCGUUCGGCACAGGAGUUCGGCAGGUGUGGUCCAUGCACCUCCAGCUGCUCGGUCUGCACACAGCAGCACAACGAGCCAUGCAGACUCCUGCUCGGAGGAAUGCCACGGAUGGUCGGCUCUUUGCCAAAGCUCAGCAGCACUUCGUCAUCGGAAGCGCAACCCAAGACAUGAGGGUUCUCUCACGAUGGAAGGUGGAAACCUUGGUACCAUCUCAGCUGCCAAAUUGGGUCAUUGGAUUCCUGGCUGUGCUUGAUGAUAUCGAAGAGGACUACUGA